AUGAAUCAACAAUGUCCUCAUUGCCGAAGAAGAAUUCCAGCCUUUUCUUCUGUUGUCAAACCUAAAGGUUAAAAGAAAUAAAAUGUAACACAAACACUCAAAAACAUUUCCUUAUAUGACUUACUUGAAGAAUUUGCAAAAAUUAGAAAUGAAUAGCACUUCGACUUAAUGUAGUUCUUGUAAGAGAAAAUAAAAAAACCAGAAAUUAGUAAGGAUAACCAUCCUGUUACAUAAAGAAAGAAAUGGGAUUUGCCUUUGAAGUGA